AUGUCUCCAAUUCGCGUCGGUCUCAUCGGUCUUUCCACCGGCUCAAAGAGCACCAGCUGGGCUAGCACAGCUCAUCUGCCAUACCUUCUUUCCGAGCAAGGCAAAGCCCACUACGAAAUCAAGGCUCUGUGCAACUCAUCCGUCGAAAGCGCAAAGAAAUCCAUUGAGCACUACAAGCUUCCCAAGGACACCAAGGCCUACGACUCCUCUGCAGACCUCGCCAAUGACAAGGACAUUGACUUGGUAGUCUGCAUUGUUGGUGUUGAGGGACACUACAAGUUGCUCAAGCCUGUUGUCGAGGCUGGCAAGAAUGUCUACACCGAAUUGCCUCUGGCGUCCAACAUGGAUCAGAUCAGAGAGCUGGUUACUCUUGCUGAGAAGAAGGGCGUCAAGACUAUGUUUGGCUCACAAGGCCAAUCUGCUCCUGUUGUUAAGGCCUUGCAGAAAGUCAUUGCUGAGGGCAAGAUUGGAAAGGUAUUGAGUACACAGCUCAGUGGUUGCACUGGUAUUGGUGGUGGCGCGGCUAUCCCUGAGGGAUUCAAGUAUAUUAUUCAGAGAAAGGCUGGUGGUAACCAUGCUACUAUCUUCUUCCUGCACAGUUUCACCUGCCUGCUCGAACUCUUCGGCGAACUCGAGUCCUUCGACGUCAUCAUGGGCGUCGAGCGUCCCAAAGUCAACCUGAUCGAUCCUUCCAACCAAGGCAAAGUCGUCGGCACAAUCGACAGAGACACACCCGACAACAUUGCCAUGCAAGGUCGCUUCCAAAACGGCACACUGCUCAACUACGAUCUUCGUGCUGCUGCUCCUUUCCCUGGCGAGCCUGGCUUGCGCUGGACCGUCAUUGGCGAAAAGGGCGAUAUUCUUGUCACCUGCCCUGCUGCUAUGUUUGAUAUCAACCAUGAAGGUGUCAAGAUUCAGUUGCAUGAGCAAGGCAAGGAUAAAGCCGAGCCUAUCGAGUUGCCUGCCGAUGACUUGGCAAACCUCAAGCAUCCUGCGCAGAAUGUGGGUAGACUUUACGAUGCCUACGCUAAGGGUAACACUAAAGGCUACUGCGACUGGAACUUGGCACUUAAGCGCCACGAACUGAUUGAAGAAAUGUUCCAAAGAGGAGACAGCAACAAGCCUUUUGGCGAAAAGGCUGCUUACAUCUCCAAGUUUGGCGGCAGCAAGUCGUCAUUGUCUGGAUCCAUUCAAGGCAGUACUGCAGAAGUUGAUGCCGAUGCUCAAGGAACCAUUCUUGCUGAUAGAGAAGUCAAGCCCAAGGAGAUCACUCGUGAGGCCGGUGCUGGAGGUGCUCAGACUACAGCUCAGAGUCUUGAAGCAGAGGGCUUUGGCGCUUCAUCGGGUCCUAACGAUUUGAGCAGAAAUGGAGGUAAUCGUGAUCUUGCCUCGUAA